AUGAGGACACUCGGGUGGCCUGAGGUCCAGAGAAUGAGCCCGAUGCCAACAACUUUUUUGGGCAGUGCCCUCCGGGGCACUUUCUUCUUCGCCUUUGGCCUGUGGUGGUCGGUGAGGUACCCCCUGAAGUACCUGAGGAGGAAAGGGGGUGCUGAGGGCCAGCCGGGCCGUGGGCACGCCGAGCUCUUCGAAGGCGCGGUCAAAGCUUUCUUUGCUCUAGUAGGGAUACUGGUGGAGCAGUUUGUCCCCACUGGUCCCCACCUGCAGCUGUACAGCCCCAAGACGCACAGCUGGACUGACCUCACCCACUGGCACUACUCCACCAUCUACCUCUUCUUCCUCCUCUCCGGCAUCACAGACGUGGUCUCACACUCCCCACUCAAGCUGCCCCCUGGCUUAGACCAGCUCUCGCUGUCCCUGGCUCUGCUUGUGGAAGGUUUGCUCUUCUGUUUCCGUGACUACAGCGAUGCUGUGCUGGACCAGCACCUCCACUCCCUGCUGGCCGUGGCUAUCUUUGCUGGAGCCCUCUGUGCCCUCCUAGAGGUGUUCCAUCGAGACCAUAUCAUCCUGGAGACAUUCAGGACCAGCUCCUUCCUGCUCCAGGGCUCUUGGCUUUGGCAGAUUGGGUUUGUGUUGUCCCCUCCGUGGGGAGGACCAGGCUGGGACCAGAGCGACUCCAGCAACCUCUUGUUCCUCACCAUGUGCUUCUGCUGGCACUACCUGGGUGCCCUGGCCGUGGUGGCUGCCAACGCUGCUGCAUCCCGCUGCUGCAAUGAGUCCUGCCAGCUGAAAUUUGGGGACAUUGACGUGGAGUUGGACUGUGGCUUGUGCCUCCACAGAGGGAAGAAGAGCUCCGGUGGCGCCUUGCUGCCAGAGAGCAGCUUGGAUGACAAAUGA